AUGAGCGUAAAGAGGAAAGCAGAUGAGAUUGUGGGCACCACGUGCAUCGAUUUGGCACAUCUUGACAAGGAAGGGGCCCAAGCCAUGAUGACAGUCUUCAACAAGGUUCGUGGCGCCGGAUUUAUGGUGGCCUCUCCUAACAACAACGCGGAGCGGGUGAUCAGCAUGUUCAAAGCCCAAGAAGGUCUCAGCAUUGGAUUCCCGGUGGAUUGCUACAUUCAUGGGCUUCAAACUGCUACCUUGGCGCUUCGUGAUGGCUGUGAUGAGGAGACGGUGGUCUGUGCCUUGUUGCACGACCUUGGUGAAUGUUGGUCUACCAUUAACCAUGGGGAGAUUGCAGCAAGCCUUUUGCGGCCUUACAUCAGCCCAAAGAACUACUGGAUUCUGAAGCACCAUGAAGUCUUCCAAGCCUAUAUCUACCAAAAUGGCUUUGAAUUGAAAGACAUUGAGAAAGUGCGCGAUCAGUUCAAGGACAGUCCACACUUUGAUGCUUGUGUUCAAUUUUGCGAGAGGUAUGACUCCAAGGCCUUUGAUCCCGAGUAUGACACCCUUCCCCUGGAGCAUUUCAUUCCGAUGAUCAAACGCAUCUUCAAUCGGAAGCCCUACGUGGAGAGCGGAUGCCUUGAGGAUGGCCGAGAGAAUGCUGCCAAGUUUAGUUUGGGCGAAGCAUACCCCAGCCCAGAGCCGAACUGA